CAUAAUAUCAGUGGCCGGAUCGAACAACGACAGCGGCCAGAAGGUCUAGCCUGAUUUAACGAGGUGGCAUGCCAGCGCGACCUCCGAGCUCCACUUCCCGGUACGUGAGUCAGGAUCUCAGGAAACGGUAGCCUCCGCGAGGAUGAGUGCAAAGAUAUCCCUCGUAAGCCGUGGAGCGGCGCAGUCGCCGGUCAACCAUCGUGGCAAAGCAUCGUCGGGGCUGUUGCUCGCCGGAAAGUCUGUCAAGAGGCCGUCAUCGAUGACCGUAGAGAUCACUGGCGCCGAGGAAAGACUCGUCAAACGAGCCGCUGCUCCAAAAGUAGAAGGAUCAUCGAGCUUAACACGUCCAAAAACGCUGUUGAAGAGGAAGAGCACCAUGCCAACCUCAACGUACGGUUGUACUACUAGGAUGAAGAAAUACAAGUUCGCCUCCUUCGCAGCGUCCAGUCCGUGUCUCGAUAUAACCACGACUGACGUCAGGAGCGCGUAUACGCUCCAACAACAACAGCAGCAUCGGCAGGCAUCGUCGCUGCCACCGAUGUCGACUCUGGUGUGCUGCGAGCCGGUCUCGGCCGGACGCUCCCGGGACAACCUGAAGCUGGUUCUGAAUCGCAGUUUGAGCGAGCCAGGACCACCAGCGAGCACGUCUACGUUCCUGUCUUCGCCGACGUCCACGGUAUCGCCCAGCUCGUCGACCAGCAGCGGUGUCGACAGUUGCAUAGCCAGCGACGGCACCGAGUGUAGUUUGAACGCCAGCGGAAGUAGCAUCAGCGCCUGUAGCAAUUCAAGCAGCGGUACCGACUGCGAUCUUCCGUUAUCCGACGUUCAUCGUCACUACCAUCAUCAUCAUCAUCAUCACCACUUUCAUCAACAACUGUCCACGUCGAAACGCUGCAAAGUGGAGACCGUCAGCCUCCCAGCGAGUCCGUGCUCCGAAAACAACACGCUGCAGAGACAGCUGGUACUCCAGAGGACUAAGACCAUCACCGCCGAUGAACUGGCGAAUCGUCUCCUCGGACGGGAUUCCAGUGGUUCCGUGUUGCUCGAUUGCCGACCGUUUAUUUUGUACAACGUGAACCACGUAAGGGGCGCCAUCAAUGUGAAUUGCUCGGACCGAUUCAACCGGAGAAGGUUGCAAUUGGGUAAAGCGAGUCUGGCCGAUUUGGCCAACACUAGAGAAGGCAAAGAACUGUUGCGUAAAAGGCACUACAGGGAGGUGAUCGUGUACGACGAUUGUACCGACGAUGUGGAUCGACUACCCGCUCAGCAUCCGCUGUACCUCGUGCUCGUUGCGUUGCUGGAUGAUAACAGGGAGCCCGCUCUUCUUUUGGGUGGACACAAGGAGUUCCAUAGGCGGCACAGGGAUCUCUGCGAGGACACGCUUCUACCAACUGUCGCAGCUGGCCCAUCGACGGUCGCCGGUUGUUCCAGUCCAGGACCAGGUUGUCCGGUAUUAAGUCUAUCCGGACCACCGACUCCCCAACCGGCGGAUAUCGAUAGUCAUCCAGCCUCCAGGGUUCUCCCGUUCCUCUACCUUGGAAAUGGUCGGGAUGCGGCCGAUCUACAACUCCUUCGCGCAUUAGGCGCCACCAGGGUGCUCAAUGUCACUUCACAGCUACCUGGAUAUCACGAGGAGAGGGGUAUCACGUACAGACAAAUCCCUGCCUCGGAUUCUGGCCAUCAGAACCUUAAACAAUACUUCGAGGAGGCGUUCGAUUUCAUCGAGGAAGCCCGGAAAGCCGGAAGCAGCGUGUUAGUGCACUGUCAAGCGGGAGUGUCGCGCAGUGCUACGAUCGCCAUCGCGUAUAUAAUGCGGCACAAGGGUUUGUCUAUGGUGGAGGCGUACAAGCUUGUGAAGAACGCGCGACCUAUCAUUAGCCCUAAUCUGAACUUUAUGGGACAAUUGUUGGAGCUCGAACAGGGCUUAAGGGCGUCCGGUGGGGUAGCUACAGCCCCGGAAGAACCGAAGAGUUGUCACCAGUGUCGUUGGUCUCACCAACAGAACAGCGAAGAAGUUACUUCUGGUUGCAGUGUAUAAGUCGAGCGAAAUCAUCAGGCGAGCAUCACCCGAGAUUCUCUGUCGUAACGAUCGGGUUCCAGCGAAGAAAGAAAAAAAGAACCCACGCGCGGAUUGCGAGACUGUCUUGACGUUUCGCACCCAAGGACGCGGUCGAAAGACACACUCCACACAUAUCGUACACGUAUAUCCGUUAAACGAACCGGAGUCAUCGUUCUUCCUGUUUCACACACACGUGCGAAGAACUCGGAUAGCAUACCUUGCUACACGUGCCUUGACGAUCGGCCCUAGAAACGGGAAAGGCUGAUUUACAGAGAGAGACACUUUAUGACUAUUAUCGAGUAAGUUAUUUGCUGGAAGAUGAAGUGGUUCUAAAACAGAGAGAAAGAGAAAGAGA